CCCUGGCGGAUAUCACCCGAUGAAUAUCAAGAGCUAUCGAGACGGAUAGGGUCAUGGGCUACGGUCACCCCCCAUCCCUUUACCCUGCCCUCGAGGCGCACGCUCUCCCGUUACCUUGAGGGAUACUUCCGUGGCUUCCAUGCGCACAUGCCCAUGCUCCACACGGCAACCCUGACGGCGACAGAGCUGGGUCCAGAGCUGAUCUUGUCUUUGGCUGCAGUCGGUGCUUUGUAUCGCUUCGAGCAUGCAAAAGGCGUGGAGUUGUAUCGUGUUGCCAAGGCCCUCAUCAACUGGCGUCUAGAUCAGCUACACGAGGAGACAAUAUCACGACUUACAAAUACUUCCCCCGGAUAUGCAGGCUUCGCACUCGUCCCUGGUGACUCACAGCAUGACCGACCAUCUCCUAUACUGUCCCAUGGACAUCAGGGUAUCCGCUUGCUACAAGGACUGCUGGUCCUCAUGGCGAUAACAUCAUGGGGUGAAAAAGCACUUGUUCGAGAUGCCCUGUCCAUGGCCAGCCAGGUGGCAACAUUAGUACGCGAGUUUGGCAUCAGUAACGCCGAGGAUUCUUCAACAAGGGAGACGUCGUGGGAGGACUGGAUAAUCUCAGAGGAGAGGCGACGCACUCUCUUUGUGGCAUACGUUCAGUUCGGUCUCCAGUGUACCGCCUUCAACGUCCCUCCGAUGAUCUUGAACCAAGAAGUCCGUCUCAAUCUGCCAGCUUCUGCUGCAGAGUGGGAAGCUCAGACAUCGGUCGAAUGGUCCAGCAUCCACAAUAAUGCUCCCUGGCCUCCCCGACCCUUCCAGGAGACACUAGAGCAGCUCCUCUCCGGAGCACCAGUUCACCACGAGGGGUCCAUAUCUGCUUUUGGCAACUACGCUCUUAUUCACGGUCUGUUCCUGCAAAUCUUUUACGCCCGCAACGCCCUAGGUCCAUCUGUAGACUCUAGAGGCUCUCUGAGUGAAGAGUUUAUCAAGAAGAUGGAGGCAGCGCUGCGAGCCUGGCAGGAAUCCUGGGAGGCUACACACGAGUCAACUCUCGACCCGUCGUCUCCCAAGGGUCCGUUAGGGUUCAACUCGACCGCUCUUCUCCGCCUCGUCUACAUUCGCCUGAACGCACAUACUGGACCCUUUCGACAACUCUUCACCCGGGACCCAGUUAUAAUUGCACGUGGAUUCACUGACGGAAAGAUCACCGUCUGCAACAGAUCACCACAUCUCGAUAGGGCUAUUCUACAGUGCAUCCACGCACUAAGCAUCCCAGUUCGCGUUGGGAUUGCCUUUGUCGCUCGCACCUUGACGCUCAACUGGAGUUUCCAACACGCUCUUUCUAAUCUCGAAUGUGCUUUUUUGCUCACUAGAUGGCUUCGUGGACUAGCUUUUGCUGUUGAGACGUCCGGCCUAGCUGACUUGCGGCCGGACGAGCAGAAACUGCUCAACAUGGUUGUCACUCUCGUUCAUGAGACUGAGUUAGCCGAUUCAUUGGAUGGUGCCCAGGAUCACGCCAGUCGGAUACGGAAAUUGGCGGCGUCUGUUGCUCGGCUUUGGGCUGAGACCUUUAAGGGUUUUCAGGUCUUUGAGAUUGUGUAUGUAGUCGGUCAGAGCCUGUCUAUUGUGGCAGACACUCUUGAGAGAGAGUAA